AUGUUAUCUGUUGUUUCUGCUCAUUCAAUAGCUGGUCUUACUGAUGUUUGUUAUACAAAAGAUGGAAGUCAUUUUUUAACAUGUGGGCAAGAUGGAGAUAUUCAUGUUUUCGAUACUAAAACCGAUCAAAUUGAACAUAUACGCUGUGCUGAUCAAUGUUUUUGUCUAGCUGUCCACGAAUAUCAUAUUUUUGUUGGAACAAAUCGAAAUGAACUCGAAGUUCGCUCAUAUCCGCAUGGUGAUUCACUUCCAAGUCUUGCCCACUUUACUCAACCGGUAUCGGCAUUGGGUUUAUCGAAUUCGUUACUGUUUAUUGGAACAAAAGAUUUUAAAGUAUUAAUGAUGAAUUUAAAUGAUGAUUCAAAUAAAUUCAAAUAUUUUGAUGGACAUCAAGCACCAAUACUUUCAUUAAAUGUUUAUGAAGAAAAACGAUGGAUUGCAACAUCAUGUUGUGAUGGUUCUGUUCGAAUAUUUAAUAUUGAUAAACAAAAUUUAAUAAAACAAUUAAAUAUUAUUCAUAAAUCCAAUGAUAUUGAAACGGCUUCAUCGUUGGUUAAAAUUGAUUGGGAUAAAAAUGAUCAAACAUUGGCUAUUCCAGUAAAGAAUACAGUUCAUUUUUAUGAAACAGAUAAAUGGACAAGAAAAAAAACCUACGAAAAUGAUUCAAUGGAUCAAAUAAUUAAUUUGAUUAGUUUUUCACUAUGUGGAACAUUAUUUAUUGUUUCUUAUGUGAAUGGUCAAAUAUCAAUUGUUAAUCGUCUUACUUUUGAUAUCUGUAUGAUUUACUCAUCAAAAGAUGCUGUUUGUUCAUUAGCAUGGAAUCCAACUCAAACAAAUCGAUUUACUUGUUCUACAAUGGCUGGUGAAUAUGCUCAUGUUGAUAUAUCUGAAUAUAUUUCAAAACCAACAUCAACAUUAAAGGAAGAAAAUGAAGUUGAAAACAUGACAACAAUGAGUGAAGAUAAUGAAUCUAAAUCUGAAUCUCUAUCGGAUGAUGAUGAAGUGAUAAAAGAAGAUAAAGAAAUAAUUCCAAAAUGGUUUGAACGCGCAUCAUCAAUGAUAAAUGAAACAAAAACAGUUGAACUACAAGAAUCAUUUCAAUCAACAUCAACAUCGAAAUAUCUUGAAAGUCGUUAUUUAUUAUGGAAUAAUAUAGGUGCAAUAACAUGUUAUAAUGAACAAAUUCAAAUAGCAUUUCACGAUGUAUCUUAUCAUCACUCAAUAACAAUUGAUAAUAAAACAGAUAAAUAUGAUCUUGGUGAUUUAUCAUUAUCAGCAAUUCUACUUGCUUCUUCACAAACAGGAAAGCUUUUAUGUAUUUUAUAUCAAUCAUGGGAUUCAAAUAUGCGCCAAUGGACAAUAAAUACAGAAAAUAAUGAUAAGAUAGAAAAUAUUAAUUUAUCUGAAGAUUUUAUUUCUAUUGGAACAUCACAAAGAUUAAUACGUUUAUUUAGUUUAUCUGGUAUUCAACAAAGAAUAAUUCGUCUUCAAGGUCCAAUUAUUUCAAUGUCUUCUUAUCAGAAUCAAUUAUGGAUUAUUCAUCAUUCAACACAAGGUCUUCCAAAAGAACAAGCGAUUUCAUAUGUUUAUUUAGAUAUUGAAAAUGAUUCUUAUUUAACAGGUUCAUUACCAUUGACACCAAAAACAAAAUUAAUUUGGAUCGGUUUUUCUGAUAGUGGAAAAUGUUUUUAUUUGGAAAAAUCCGGUUAUUUAAGUAUGCUUAGACGUACAAAAGGGAAUCAAUUUGAACCAUCGUUAAUUUGUAAUCUUAAACAAGAGGCUGAAAAAAAUAACUUAGCAAAUUAUUGGUUAUUAGGCGUAAAUGAUUUUGACGGAAAAUUUCUACUACGUGUUAUUGAACUACGUGGUCAAUCAUUUCCUGAUCUGGUUCCAUGGCCACUUGUUUCAAUUGUUUCUCUUCCAUUAUCUUUAUAUGAAAUUAAUACUGAAAAAAGUCAACUUGAAAGUGACUAUCUUAAGAUAAAAUUAUUUAAUAGUUCAACAGAUAAUGAAGAAUAUCUAAAUAAUGAACGACAAUGUUUAAUUAAAAUGUUUGCAUUAUCAUGCAAAUUGAAUAGAGAAUAUCGUGCAUUUGAAAUUUGUCAAUUAAUGGAUUCGACAGCACUUCAGUUAGCAAUUAAAUAUUCAACUAAAUCAGGAAAAUUAACGUUAGCUCAAAAAAUAAUUGAUGAAUUAGUCGAUCAAAAAAAAGAUGAAGAACAAACAGAAAAAGAAAUAAAAUAUUCAUCAUCUGAAAUUAUACCUCCGUCUUUAAUUGCAUCAUCAUCAUUAUCAUCAACUAUUUCAUUUUCAUCAACAUUUGAAGAAAUAAAAUCAAAACGUGCAAAAGUUGAAACAACAAAUGCACCGUUCAAUAAUCCAUUUCGAAAAAAGAAAUUAAUAAAUAUUCCUAAUGAAACAUCAACAAACGAUGAAUUUAGUCAAUGGAAACCAUCCAUUAAUACAACUCGUCUUUCAUCAACAAAUAAAACAACUGUUCAAACUGAUGUUCAUAAUGAAAUAACAACUGAAAAUGAAGAUAACUCAUUAAAUGCAAAAAGAAAAAUCGAUGAAACUGAAAAUAUUAAUGAAGAAACUACAAAAAAUAAACGAAAUCGUCUUCAACAAUUUGCUUGUAAUCGUUAA